GGAGUGUAGCAGACAAUCAAGUAAACCCAAAGUGCUCCAAAUUACUCACAUCAUCCCCACCAAAUACGCUACAUAAUUUCUUUGCGUACGUCAAGCAAUAAUCCAAGAAGUUCCAGCGGUCCAGCCUCCAGCUCCAGUGUUCGAAAUUUCUGGGUUAUAUUUACUCCAGUCACUCCACCGAAUCUAGGAUGUUAAAGAGGUAUUCUAGUAAAACCCAAUUGGCCAAUUCAUCUCCAAAUUAAUUCUGAUAAAUCCCAGUUCUUGGGUGGGUUGGGUUUGCUGAAUCUGCGCGUGUAUCAUGGGAGGUGGAUUGAGGAGGAUGCUUCCGUUCUUGUUCAGUUGUUCCUGGUGAUAUAAUCAGCAUUAAGCUUGGGGAUAUUAUUCCAGCAGAUGCUCGUCUCCUCGACUUUGAUCCACUGAAAAUUGAUCAGUCUGCACUUACCGGUGCACUUACCGGUGAGUCACUUCCUGUGACCAAAGGCCCUGGUGACAUUGUGUAUUUGGGCUCUACAUGCAAACAAGGAGAGAUUGAAGCUGUGGUGAUUGCCACUGGUGUUCAUACCUUUUUCGGCAAGGCGGCUCACCUUGUCGAUAGCACAAAUCAACCGGGCCACUUUCAAAAGGUAUGCUUACACUAGGAUGAUUUUCUUUCUUUUCUACUCAUAUUACACAAGCUGUUCUCUACUUUCUUUCUUUUUUCCUUUGUUAAGAAGUUCAAGCCCCACCGAGCUUGUAAUCCUGGAUCCGCCCCUGUACACUAGAUCAAUAGGAAGGCAACAUUCAACAGAUCGAGCAAAGCAAAGCAAGCAGAAUAUGGCUUCUCUGACCCCUGAAGCAGCAGUCAGUUCAUCAUCUUCUUCUCUCCCACGUUCUUCUACUGAUCACCAAACUCAUUACACAUACGAGGUGUUCCUGAGUUUUCGAGGCGAGGAUACACGCUUUAAUUUUACAGAUCAUUUGCACACCGCUUUGUGUGAGAGGGGAAUUAAGACCUUCAUAGAUGAUGAGGGGCUUAGAAGAGGAGAAGAAAUAUCACAAGACCUCCUCAAAGCAAUUGAGGAGUCGAGAGUUUCAAUCAUUGUCUUGUCUCAAAAUUAUGCAUCAUCAAGGUGGUGUUUGAAUGAACUGGUCAGGAUACUUGAAUGCAGAAAAUCAAAAGGACAAGAGGUUAGACCAGUUUUCUACAAGGUGGAUCCCUCAGAUGUACGACACCAAAGAGGUGCUUUUGGUGACGCAUUUGCUAAACUUGAUCAAUGCAAAUACAAGGAUAGCAUGGAAAAAUGGAAGGCAGCUCUUACGGAAAUAGCAGAUUUGUCUGGAUGGCCUUUCAAGGAUGGCGAGUAUGAGGCUAAAUUUAUCAAAAAGAUUGUUGGGGAGUUGUCCGCCCGAGUAGUAAACCCUUCAUGUGUGUUGCAAGUAGCUGCACAUCCAAUUGGAAUAGAGUCUUGUAGGAAAAAUGUCAACAGAGUUUUAGAUGCCAAGGAAAAUAUUCGCAUGAUAGGCAUAUGGGGACCUGGAGGAAUAGGAAAGACAACAAUUGCGAAACAUAUGUUUAAUUCAGCUCGCCAUAAGUUUGAAGGUAGUUGUUUCUUGGCAGAUGUUAGAUCUAAUUCAAAUGGCCUAGCCCAAUUGCAAGAGAGACUUCUGUUUGAUAUUUUAAGGGACUCAACUUUGAAGGUGCGCAGUGUUGAUGAAGGAGUCAGCUUAAUAAAGGCAAGGAUGCGACAUAAAACAGUUCUCUUAAUCCUUGAUGACGUCAGUCAUUCCAACCAAUUACAGAACUUAGCUCCAUCCUUUGAUUGUUUUGGGCCGGGCAGUAGAAUUAUUAUAACAACAAGGGAUAAGCGUUCGCUAACAGCUCAUCAAGUUGAUGAAGUAUACGAGGUCAAAAUGUUAGAUGAUGAUCAAGCUUUGGAGCUGUUUAGCUUGAAUGCAUUCAAAAGAAAUGGACCUCCAGCCAAUUAUCUAGAACUUGCACACCGUGCAGUGCGCUAUGCCGGAGGCCUUCCGUUAGCUUUGACAGUUUUAGGCUCUCAUCUGUUUCGUAGAAGCAGAGAUGAGUGGGAAGCUACAUUAGAUAGUUGUAAAGGAGAAGAUCCCCACAUAAAGAUAAGAAAUGUUCUCAAAAUAAGUUAUGAUGCUCUGGCAGUAGAUUUGAAAGGAUAUUUUCUUGAUAUCGCAUGUUUCUUUAAAGGUGAGCAUGUAGACCUUGUGAAACCAAUACUAGAAGCUUGCUACGACCUCAAAUCAGUGACUGGUAUUGCACAACUCCAAGAAAAGGCUCUAAUACGAAUAGACGGAAAUAAGAUUUGGAUGCAUGACUUGAUAGAAGAAAUGGGUAAAGACAUAGUGUAUCAAGAGUCACCUGGUGAGCCCGGAAAACGCAGCAGAGUGUGGACUGAAGAAGAUGUCGACCACAUUCUAACAAAUAAUACAGGAACAAAAAAAGUUAUAGGCAUCCAGCUCCCGUUGCGAUCAUCUACGAUAUCUUUGAAUGCUAAAUGUUUCUCAAAGAUGAAGAGUCUUAGAUAUAUUUCUAUGGGGAAGUACACGAAAUAUGAAUAUUUUUCUGGAGAUAUUGAUUAUCUCUCCAACCAGUUGAGGUGGCUUGAUUGGCCUGAUAGUCCGUUGCAAUCUCUUCCAUCCGAUUUUCAUGCAAAUAGACUUGUAAGGCUCAAUAUUCCUAACAACCGCGGAAUCACACGACUAUGGGAGGGACAUAAGAAUUUUUUAAGGCUAACAUAUAUGAAUUUAAGGGGUUGUGAAUCUCUAACAGAACUCCCAGACUUCAGUGGAAUCCCCAACUUGAAAGAGUUGAAUCUAUCUGGAUGUAGCAGUUUAGUUAAGGUUCCUGAUUCCGUUGGAUUGCUUGAUAAGCUUGUUACCUUGAAUACUCACUUAUGCUACAACCUUAUUAUGUUUCCUAGAGAAAUCAAGUUGAAAUCCUUAGAAACUCUGUGUAUUAGCUGUUGCAGUAGGCUUGAGGGAUUUUCAGAAGUAACGGAAGAGAUGGAUUCCUUAAGGAAUUUUGAUCUAUCAUUCAGUUUCAUGAAAGAAUUGCAUCCGUCCGUUAAAAAACUGAUUGGGCUAGAAGAGCUGAAUCUAGAGUAUUGUCGAAAUCUUAGAACUCUACCGUAUACCAUUUAUGAGUUGCGCAAUCUAAAGUAUCUUUAUGCGAGUAAUUGCUCAAGUCUUGCUACAUUUCCAAAAAUUCCAAUAAAGAUGGAUUCAAUGAGAUCACUUUAUCUUUCAGGCAGUGACAUCAGAGAAUUGGAUCAGUCAAUUGGAAAUCUGAUUGGUCUUAGAGUGUUGAAUCUUAGUGAUUGCAACAAUCUUACAACUCUACCGUGCAGCAUUUAUGGGUUGCAAAAUUUAGAGAAGCUUGAUCUUACUGAGUGCUCAAGACUGGUUAGAUUUCCAACAAAUACCAACAUUUUGAAUGUCGUUGAUAGCUCACCAUCACUUCCCAAGCUAGAGUGGUUCAGUAUCAGAGGGUGCAAUUUAUCAGAUUGUGAUUUCCUCACGACUCUUGAUUGCUGGGAAACAUUAGAGUACCUUGAUCUCUCAGGAAACAAUUUUGUUAGUCUUCCUGCUUGCUUCACCAAAUGUGUCAACUUGCGGUUGUUUUACUUGGAGGGUUGCACGAGACUCUGAGAAAUUCCGGAGCUCCCACCAAACGUUAAACCAUACAGAAGGCUGUGAUAGAGGCAGCCUCGCCGUCAAUUGAAGAUCUUCAUCAAGAGGAGCCAAUUUCUUCGUUUUCCGAACCUCCUCCACCAAGAAGAAGUGAAGAACCAUCGCUGUUUGGUUCAAGUGCUACGACAGACAUUGGUGUACUAUCUGGGAAUCUAUGAUGAGGCUGCUUCUUAGAAGCCAAUCUGUAGGAUUCGUAAAAAACUUGUAUUCUGUUCACAUCUAGAAAUACAAGAAUCUGUUUUAUCUGAAUCAGUCUAAGAAUUUAACAAACAUUUAACGAGAUGCUUUGUGUUAUUGUGGACAGAUAGAAUCAACAGUCAUGGUGCUGCAGAGAUUGGCCACAUGAUGAUGAGAAUAAUGGUAUAUUCAUCUUCAUUGUUGAUUAUCAGUUGAUCCCACUGUGUGGGAGAAUAUUGGUGGCAGUCAGCUAGGCACUGCAAACCAAGUGGGAACUAUAAACUUUCACUUGGAAUUGUUGCAGAUUCGAGAAAAACGGGUACAUGCUGAUCUGACUGAAUUUGAGACUAUUGCAAAUAAGCUAGAAGUAAAGCUAAGGUGAUGCAGCAGGCAUGUGCUGACCUUGAGGAAGUAAAAGUUGGUUUUCUUUGUUUCUAAGGAUGGAAUUGAUGUUGUGAGUACUGUUCUUGGAGUCUGCAUAUGUUGUACUGUUGUAGAUUCAUGCAAGCAAGUUCGUGCUGUUUAUAUCAAAUGAACCCCACCUAGAUUUAUCCACUGAUGGAUUUUACCUAUUUCAAAUUUGGAAGGUUACGAGCAAAAAUACAGUUGUAUACCUUGACGUUGGCGAGACUCUUAUGAUGGGCAGAGCAAGCAAUGAGCGGUGAUUCCCCUUCUAGCUAUACACAAAUUGGUCUAGUGGGAUGGUUGAUCAAGAGUUUGCGGAAGACGUAGCCAUAGGCAAGUGGCAUGAUACUAGUGCUUCCCUGAUUCGAAGCUCCAAAUAUCAUCAGGCCGAUAUCUAAGGCAUAAUUGAGUUCUCAAAGAUGAUUUAUAUGCAAGUAUUUGCAAUCAUCUACAAAUAUAUGUCUGUAUCUUUCUGUUUCCUUGCUUUUGUACUCUGACUCUCACAAAAAGGAAGUAAUCAGAGCUGGUAUUGUUUCAAAAAUAGCAGUGGUUAUGAAGAUUAGCAUAGUAAAAUCAAUAGAUAUUCAUACAUUAGCUUAUUUUGUAGUGUCCUUGUACUUAUUCUUCCUCAAAGAGUUUAUGAGGUAGUGAGAAGGAUUGAAAUACCUGAAUUUGAAUACCAAUACAUUAAUACCUUGAGUAUCACAA